AUGCUUAACCAGAAUGACAAACUUAUACUGACGACAUUUCAGCAUGUCCACAGACACAUUCAUUUGUUUUGGCUGUUUGUUGGUGGAAAAAACCCCAAAACCCUAAAAAGCUUUAAACUUGAUUUCUUUCUUUUAUCCUCAGGAGAGUAUGUAAGAGCAGACUGCUCGGAUGAAUCCAACACUAAGUGUGAACCCUGUGAAGACAGAACCUUCAACGAUGGUUACAGUGGACUCAAACAAUGCUAUCACUGCACAAGCUGUGCUCCAGAUUCUGGCCUGAGGAUAGCCCGUCCAUGCACAAGAACACGGGAUGCAUUCUGUGAACCUCUGGAAGGAUUCUUCUGUAUAGAAUCCAAAGGCUUAUACUGUGAAGCAGCAGAGAAACACAGCCAGUGUAAACCAGGACAGUACAUCAAAGUUAAUGGAACAGCGUUGACAGACACAGUUUGCGCUGACUGCAGUGCCGGGACAUUUUCAGAUGGGACGUUCACCACUUGUCGGCCGCACACGCAGUGUGAAAACCUGCUCAGAGAAGGAACUGCUUCAGCUGAUGCUGAAUGUGGGGAAGAUGGUUCAAGCAUCAAUGUCACUGUCGUCGUCGUCGUCAUCGUCCUUCUAUUUAUUUUUUUAUGCACUGGUAUAAUUGCAGCUUUGUACUUCAGGAAGAAGAAACGUAUAUCAGGUAGGGUCUGUGUGGAGUUACAGAUGUUAACAUGGUUCAAUGAAAAUGAUAAUGGUUUCUGCUGAGUCAUGCCACUGUUGAGAUGUUAUUCAUUGUUUUUGUUUGUUACAGACAAACGUG